AUGACACAGCGGGUAGCGCGAAGGGCGAUGGCUGAGGCUGGAGUUACGCCUGUCGAGAUCAAUAUCUACGAGCUACAUCACUGCUACUCAACUAACAAAUUGAUCCUGCUGAUGCGCUUGAGUUUGCGGCUCCCGGAAGGCUUACGAGUUAACCCCUCUGGGGCGCGCUGGUGGUCAGUCCAUCAGCGAGCUGAUGGGAAGACCGACGAACGUGGUUUCGAUGAGGGGGCUGCUAAGUUGUCGGGAUCAGGUCCCAACCUGGCGUUAGCAGAGCGAUAUGCGGCGCUACGGCAGGAGAGUGCGUCAGAGGGAGGCAAGCGAGGCAAUGCGUAG